AUGGGAGGUGUAUGUGGACAUCAUCAUUAACAUCAUCAAUUUGCUAAAUCACCUGGAGGACCAUAAAGGUAUGGAUGUUCAUUCAUGAAUCCUGAGCCAAUGAAGUUUAAUAUAUUAUUCGAAAAUCUUCGUCUCCAAUAUCCUACUAAGUCUUGUCAUUUGAGUAUUAAAUUAGCUGGAGAUAUUUUAAUUGAAACACCAAACCAUAUAGAUUUAGACGGUAAACACACUGUAAAUAAUUAACUAACUUUAGUGGAAGAAAAUUGUGGAAACAUAAAUUUAAGCUAACAUAAUUGAGCUACAUGAGAAAAAACUGGAAUUUUAUUUAUUUGAAGAAAAGAUUGUCAUUGCAACUUUGGAGAUUCCUAUUUUUGAUAUUAUAAGUGGCCCUAUACAUUUUGAUUAUUCUAUUGGAAAAGGUAGGCUAUCUUUUGAUAUGCAAAUGGCUUAGAUUUUAUAGAUUGAUAUUAAUCCUAUUGAAAUUGAUUGUAGUUAUGUUGAAAGUAUAAAAGACAAAGCUUAUGUAUUUAAUUUGAGAUUAGUAACUACUAAAAUGUACUUUACAUCUCCAAAUUCUGAUAUUUUUUAUAAUCCUGCAUAUUUAAAAGGAUUUAAUUCAUCUCUUAACAAUUUCUUAUAAGAAAUGAUGUUUAGAACUACAUGGAAUAAUUCCUCUGAAUUACCAAUUCUAAGUAUAGAAUUACCAUCAAAUGAAUUAUAUAAUAGUUCAUUAUAAGUAUGCAUUUGGAGUAUAAAUAAAGAAAAUGAAUUUCAAUCACCUGGAAUUUGUUCAAUAAAAUCACUUAAUGAAAUAUAAGAAAAAGAAGUAUUUAUAGAUUAAAACCUUUUUGCUGAAACCUUUAUUGCAUUACACAAAUUAAUAUAAGAGAAUGAUCAAGAAGAUUUCAAAAUGCAUUAACAAUUCAAAACUACUAUAACUAAAAGCUUAUGGUGUAAGGGUAAUAAAGUAGGUACAAUAAAAUGUAAAUUAAAUGUAAAAUUACCCAGGUUUCUUAAAUAGAAAUUAGUAGGUAUUAGAACUGAGAAUGGAUGCACAUUAGGUGUCAAUAUUUGUAGUUCAAAAUCAGUUACCUAAAUAGCAGAAAUAACUAAUAUCUUUUAAAAGUUAUAUGAAUCUAUGUUUAAGAUGUAAUCAUUAAGUCAUAAUGAUCCAAAUAGAGCAAUACUUUAACAUUAAGCCUUGAAUUUGAGUUAGCAAUUAUUAGUGGAAGUUUAAAAAGCUGAUAAAGAUACCAAUUCCAAACUAUUCUACUAUAAAAACUAAGAAGAUUUAUUUAAAGCCUAGGAAUAUUUUAUCAAGAUAGCAGAAUAAAUAACUAGAUAUAUUGAUAAAUUAGAUGACAAUUUAAGAGAAGUUUGUUAUGAAAUUUUAUUAGUAAUUAUUUCUAGAGGAGAAUUUCGAUUGCAUUCUUUAGGAUAUUUUGAAGAAUGUAAGUAAUUAUCAAAAAAACAAUUGGAACUUAAAAAUUCAGUAAAUCUUCAUUAUUCAGAAUUUAUGCUUUAAACUUUAAAUUGGGUACUAUUUAAGGUCCCAUUAAGGACUUAAUAAUAAAAUGAGAGAAAAUUCACAAUGAGAUUUCUUGUUUUAGCAUUUAUAAGAGUCCCUCAUUUUAAAGAUUAAUUGCUUAAAUGUAUUAAUAAGGCUAAUGAUCCUUAAUUAGUAGAAUGGAGAGGAAAUGAAUUUUAAUUAGAAGAAUAAGAUGUGUUUAUAAAUGAAUAAGUAGCUAUGGUAUUUGAUUGGUAGACAUACUUUUACAAUUAUCUCUCUUAAAAUCAAUAAUAUUAAUUAAGCUAAAGCAUAUGUGAUGAUUAAUGGAUGUUAACUUUAAGUAAAAGAAGUUUAAUUUAUCAAUAUUUUAUAAUGGAAUUCUGUAGUUACAUAUAAUUUAUAUUGGAAAAGAAUAAUAUAUAAUGGUAACAUGUACCAGGAUAUAAAUAAUUAUUGAAAUCUUUUCUUUGUGAAUUAAAAUUAAAGGAAUAAUACACUGUAUCAUUUUUUGAUUGUGUGAUGGCAAUUUCUAAAAAUAACAGUAUAAUUAACAUUAUUGUAAUGAUAUUAUUCAAUAAAACCAAGUAAGAUCCAUAAUUAUUUUUAGUUUGUAUUAACCUGAUUAAGUUAUAUAAAUAUUUGAUUUAUUAAGUUUAAUAAUAAAUUAAUGUCCUGAAACAUUAACAGUUUUUGAUUACCCAUUUUUUUUAAAUGGAAUAAGAAUUGUAUUAACAUAAUCAGAGCAUGCAAUAGCAAUUGCUACAGUUUUGGAUUUAAUUUACACAAAUUUUUUAAAAUUUCCAAUAGAGUUCAGAAAAGCAAUAAUCGAUUUAUUAUUUGAACCACUAUGUUAUGAAUUAUUUCUACAUUGGUCAUAAACUGUGAGAACAGUAUUUAUGAGUUUCCUACUUUAUCGAAUAUGUCAUCAAUAUAGAAAUAAUAAGAUUUCAGUUAUGGAUGAAGAAUUAUAUGAAUAAUAGUAUUUGAUAGCAUCUAAACCAAGAAAGAAUUUUAGUUUUUAUGAGAAUAGAAAGGAGGAGAAAUAAUUAAUUGUAUAUAUUUUCAUAUGAUUACUAGGCAGAUUAUAUAUAUUUAAAAUAUACAAGAUUUAUGAUGAACAUUGAAUAAGUCAAAAUUCAAUUGAAAUAGUUUCCAAUCCAUAAAGAUUAAAGUGUAUUAUAAAAUCUCAAGGAGAAAUUAGCUUAGAAAAAUCAAUUACAUUAAGAAAACUAGAAUAUAAUUAUAUAAGAAUAGAGAUAGGAUGAUAAGGAAGAAAUUCCAUCUGAAAAAUAGAUAGUUUUUGAGAGAAGGAAUGAAUAUAGAAAUCCAACCAAAAAGAGAACUAUCAUCAUAUCAGAUAACAAAUAUAAAUAUUUAAAAGUAGCUUUAAAUGAGUUUUCUGAAUUGACUAAAUAAUAUACAAGAUGGAGAUAAUAAUCAAUGAAUAUGAAUGAAGAUUAAAUGAGUCUAGAAGAGAAAAGUUAAGCGUAUCUGAACUUUUAGGUUCCAAAAAUAAAAAUAUUAAUGCAUUAUGAUUAGAAAGAAGGGAAGUAGGAUUGA